AUUUGCUAUUUCAAGAUGUUAUGUAGUAAUGAUGUCUCGAUAUCUUGUUAAUCAGACGAAUACUCGUUUUAACUAAGACCAAGAGUACUUAUCUUGUUAUUAUCUCGUUAUUAUCUUGUCAUUUCUUCACAUGAUCGUGUCAGUGUAAUGUUAUUACCUUAAUAUUUUAACACACCCUGUACACGCCCUGAACUGCAAGAAGAAGAAGACGAAAAAAAAGAGGUUUUUUUUCUUCCCAUCUUGUGUUUGAGGCCGUCCGUGAGUUAGUUAGUCGUGUAUUUUUUUGUAGCUCUUGUUGUGUUUUGGGUGCAAAUGAACAAACUCAGGAGCAUCUCGCAGGUCUUUGUCAUUUCUAGGGCAUUUUUUUUUUUUUUUUACUGAAUUGAUGAAUGAUUUAUCUGUCGCUUCUUUACACUGAGUGGAUCAUUUGAGAUGAACUUGUAAUGUUGGAAUGUGUUAACAGUCAGGAGUGAUGAAUUCCCCGUAUUUUUGCGCCCUUCACCCCGCCCUGUGUCUGGACCUCCACCAGCAGAUGGCUCAGCGGUACCAGCUUCACACUCACACAGUCACCGUGGCCGAGAGACUCGCGGAGCUGAUCCUCGAGGCACGCGACGGGGGUCAGCAGAAGCAGCGGAGAUGCAGGACUGCUUUCAGCGUGUCACAGCUGCAGGCGCUGGAGAAAGCUUUCCAACAAACUCAGUAUCCUGACGUGGCCAUGAGGGAGAGGCUGGCGGUCUGCAUCAACCUCCCCGAAGCACGCAUUCAGGUGUGGUUCAAGAACAGGCGUGCAAAAUUCCGCAAAGGACAGCGAUUCACCCCUCUCCCGAAGCGUCGUGCCCCGGAAGGCACCCAACAAGAGAAAGCUGAGCUCUCAGAGGAAAAGAAACGCACCGAGCAAGAAACACGACUUUCGGACAUCGGCGCUAGUCGUGUCAGCACUUCCACGGACGAGACGUCUCGUUUCCAGACUCCGUGUCGGCUGAGUUCUCCGUCUUCUCUCCAACCGUUUGCAUUCGGAGAACAGCACAAGAGUCCAAGCCUUCUCUCUACUGCUCCGCCUUUCUCCGCUUCCUUCUUCCCCUUCAUGCAGCCUCACAGCAGUACGGCAGACGCGAUGCUGAUGCGUAAAUGUAACAACCUUGGGCUACACAUUAAAUCCAUGGCGCGUCCAUGUCUGGACUUGUAGCUGCACCGCCCAAAAAAACAAACCUUGUUGAGCCAGUUAUCAGCACGAGGAGAAGAACAGGUGCUCCUGGGUCGUACUGCAACGCGAGAGAAAGUUCACAUUAGGGCUGUAGUGUUUGUAAACGGCCCCUUGACUCGAGUGUUUACACAUCUGCUGAGAGCUCACAAUGUGGUGGGAGUUUUUUUAAAGCACUUUUUUUUAAAAAUCAAUACACACUUCAUUUUUGCAUGGUGCAAAAAAAACAACAAAAAAAAAACACUGUAGGUUUAAGAUUGUUCUGGAAAGUAUUGGCCCCUUACAAAACUUGUGCAACUUGAUUAAACAUUUGCCUGGGCGUUUACUGAUAAUGUAAUAACCAGACUGAUUGUGUAGCCGAAAUAAAGUUUGCUAAAGGUGCUAAUCCUUGGAUAUUUGUCU